AUGGUACACUACAUACGAGUUUCGUCACUCUUUCCUGUACUCUGCUUGGCUCUCGCGACCAUAGCAUCUAUAGUUCAUUUACCAAGGGCCACUGAUCCAUGUGCAGCUAUUGCUGGACAGACUUUUGUUCCUCCCACUGACGCACUCGCCUGCUUAAAGUCUUUCCCCUUCAACGAAACCCUCCGCCAGAACAUCUUGCAGGUUGUCUCGCGUGUCUUUGACUUUUUCACUUUUGAGAACUAUUAUUUAGAUUCGCCAGCUCCGUUUGAAGAGUCUACGGUAGAUAUCCGAGCAGAACUCGAACGAAUAAACAGUACUGACUACGAGACGGAUUUCGACUUUAACAAGGAUCUCUUCGACUUCACGACUCAAUUAAACGAUGGUCACACGCGCUGGUUUCCAAACUGCUAUACGACCUUCCAGAACUUGCUUCCUGCCCCAGUAGUCAUCCUCGAAGAGGAUGGUGAACAGAACGUCUUUGUCGUACCAAACUCCGUCGAGUUGUUCGGAUUGCUCGGAACCAAUUUCUCAGAUUUCUAUGACUCGAUUGAUUUCGACUGGCAACGUCUUGCGGGCGCAAAGGUGGUCUCCAUUGAGGACAUAGAUCCAUUCGAAUAUAUAGACAUCAUAGCGAAGAACGUCUCUGGGAACUACCUCGACCAUGGAGUGCGCGUAAACAGUGCACUAAGCAGCUACCGUAUUAGUGGAACCAACUAUUCACAGCGUGUCGGUGAUCUUGCUGCUCGACCAAUGCCAGUACAGGAGAACCUAACGUUUAGUCUCAUUAUGGCAAACAGCACUGAUGAAGAAAAUGUGACUGUGCCAUUUUUAGUGCAAUUCGUAGGCAACUCGUUUACAGACCAGACAUCUUUCUGGACAAAUAAUUGUGCCUCAACUAAUACCACCAAUGGUGUCGACGCGAAAGUAGGCAGAAUUUCUAAGAAUGCCUUCCGCCGGAACGACCGACUUCUUGCGAAGGCCUUUAUCAUGGAUUCUCCGCCAAGCAAUGCGAUUGACCUUCCACCAGAAUUCCAACCGACUCUCCCGCAGGUCAAUACCUCUGCAGGAGUGAUCAAGUCGUAUAUUUUGCCUGACAACCAGACUGGUGUGAUGUUCGUAGGUUCGUUUGAUGGCGACUUCUCUCAGUUCCAGACCGAUACAGUCUCUGCGAUGAACAACUUCCUCUCUGCAAAUGUCUCACGGCUUCUUAUUGAUCUUACGGGUAACGGUGGAGGAUUCGUGUGCCUUGGACUAUUCUUGCACCAGUACCUUGCAGGCGCACAGAUCGGAUAUCCAGGAUUUGUGUCAACUAGUCGUGCAAAUGAGCUUGCACAGAAGAUUGUGAAGAAUGACAUUGCACUAAAUGUUACUCAACAAUAUUAUUCACCCUCAAACUGGGCGUUCUUGAAUGACACGCAGUAUCCGACGACUUUCAACUAUAACGAUCCCUCUUUACCAUUUACUGUCAAUGAUGUUAGCGAUCCUACAUCUCAACGAUUCCAUGAAAUCUGUACACCAUUUGACGUCGACAUCCCGCAAACGCCGCCUAUUGCUCUCGAGAACAUAGCUAUUGUCAGCAAUGGCAAUUGCGCGUCAACCUGUGCAAUGUUCAGCACGCUCAUGAACGAGCUGCAUAACACUACUAUUGCUGUCUUCGGCGGCAAGCCUGACGAAGAUAUUGAGUUCAAAGGCAUGGCGGGCAAUCAAGUCCUUGAAUGGGCUGACAUAGAUACAGAGAUCAAGACAGCCAAUUUGAAAGAUGACCCUCUCGCACCUCCUGAUCUGUGA